AUGGGUGUCGGCGAAAGCGCGGGCGGAACGAGGGGACGUGAAGACUCAAAGGGUUUAAGGCGAACAUGGGCCGAUUCGCAAGAUAUUCGAGCAGACAGGGGUUGUAUUGUAUCUCUCGUGUUCCGGUCGAAAUAUGUUUUGGAUGUUCCUUUCCGAGGAGGGGGUGUUGCCGUCGAGUGCAAGUACGCGGCAAUCAACAAGCUGAGCAAAGCGGGGAAGGUUGGCGGUUCAGGGCCACGGCGGGAUAGGGGUGUUGGAGGAAAGUCAGGCCACCGGUGA